UUCUGCCAAAACCUACCCAGUACGCUGCCAACAUUUACGUGGGGCUGACGUAUCCCUCCGCUACACUGUCUCCCCAGUUUUCCCGCGUUUUUAACAUUUUCGUCUACAAAACGUCCUGUUAAUUCUAGUGUCCAUAUGAAGGAAGCAACCUCUUAUAUUCUCUGUGAACCAACAAACAGUCGGUGUUUUAAGGAUAAUAAUUUUUACAGAAUACUAGAGAGGUUAACCCGAGAAUGAAACGAAAUGAGUCGGUGAAGAGCGUCCAAAGAUUUUCGCGGCAAAGUCGCAGCGAGCAGCGACCGGCGCUAGCGCUUAGCUUUCGCCAGAAUUCGCUUACAAUCAGCUCGCUAGCUCAGCAAGCUGCUUUUAUAGCUGAAAAAGCUUAUAAGGAAGAAGAGUCGGAUCCAAAUCGCCAGACUGAAGCCGUUUCAUAUUUCAAGCUAUUCAGAUUCGCUCAGCGAUGGGAGUUCGUGAUGUUGUUCGCUGGUAUUAUAUUCGCGUGUCUCAACGGACUAUUCGUUCCCGUGGGUGUGAUCAUCUACGGAGAGUUCACAUCCCUCCUCAUAGAUCGCACCGUCAUGAACGGGACCUCUACUCCUACGCUUACCAUCAAUUGGUUCGGCGGUGGUAGGAUUCUCACAAACGCCAGUCCAGAAGAAAAUCGUCGUGCUUUGAUAGAAGACUCCCAAGCUUUUGGUAUAGGAUGCACCGUGUUCUCUGUGCUUCAGUUUCUGUGCGGUGUCAUCAGCGUAGAUCUAUUUAAUUAUGCCGCCUUAAGACAAAUUGAGAGGGUUAAGGAAAGAUUUUUACAAUCUGUCCUCCGUCAAGACAUAACUUGGUAUGAUCUUAACACGUCGAUGAAUUUUGCUACUAAAGUAUCUGAUGACGUUGAAAAGUACCGCGAAGGUAUCGGUGAGAAAGUACCUAUGCUAAUAUACCUCGUGAUGUCCUUUGUGACGGCUGUACUUAUAUCCCUGGCCUACGGCUGGGAAUUGACCCUUGUGAUAUUGUCAUGUGCUCCUGUUAUCAUUGCUACCACGGCUGUUGUUGCUAAGGUUCAAUCAUCGCUCACUACACAAGAACUGAAAGCGUAUAGCAUAGCUGGAGUUAUCGCGGAAGAAGUCUUGGCGUCUAUCCGGACAGUGGUUGCGUUUGGAGGAGAGGAAAAAGAGAUUGAGAGAUACCAGGAACGUUUAGCUCCGGCUAAGAAAACAGGAGUAAAGAAAGGAAUAUAUUCUGGUAUCGGCAGCGGCGUGAUGUGGUUUAUUAUUUACGCUACAUAUGCACUCUCCUUCUGGUACGGGGUCGGUUUGAUCCUAGACAGCCGGCAUCUGCCCACUCCAGUUUAUACACCAGCGGUUCUUAUGAUUGUAUUCUUUAGUAUCCUCCAAGGUGCACAAAACGUUGGUCUGACUGCACCCCAUCUUGAAGCCAUAGCAAAUGCAAGAGCAUCAGCGGGGGCGAUAUUCUCUGUUCUUGAUAGAAAACCAGCCAUAGACAGCCUUUCAACUGAAGGAACAACUCCUGUCCUAGACGGAGAUUUAGAACUAAAAGAUGUUUACUUCAGAUAUCCAGCUAGGAAAGACGUUCAGGUACUAGACGGUCUUAGUCUCAAAAUAAAUCGCAAUGAGACUGUUGCGUUAGUGGGCGCGAGUGGUAGCGGUAAGUCGACGGUAUUACAACUAUUGCAAAGGAUGUACGACCCGGAUGUUGGCUCAGUUACCGCUUCUGGUCACGAUCUACGUGAUAUUAACGUCAGGCACUUUAGGAACCAUAUCGCUGUCGUGGGACAAGAACCGGUCCUGUUUGCGGGAAGUAUUAAAGAAAAUAUAAGGAUGAGUAAUCCGACUUGUACCGACGAAGAGAUUAUAAUGGCAUCUAAACAAGCUUACUGUCACAGUUUCAUUAAACACUUGCCAAAUGGCUACGACACAAUGAUCGGUGAGCGCGGUGCUCAAUUAUCUGGGGGUCAAAAACAACGAAUAGCCAUCGCUAGAGCUUUAGUUCGAAAGCCCAAAAUACUUAUUUUAGAUGAGGCUACAUCAGCGUUGGACUCUCAGAGCGAGGCCAAGGUACAGCGAGCUUUGGACGCAGCGGCUCAUGGACGAACCACGAUCAUGGUCAGCCACAGAUUAGCCACAGUAUUAAAUGCAAACCGAAUCGUAUUCAUUGAGAAAGGCGAAGUUUUAGAAGAAGGAACUCAUGAAGAACUUUUGAGUCUAAGAGGUCGCUACUACCAGCUGGUGCUGGAAAAUGAACCCAGCAUAGCACCGAGUUCAGCGGAUACGGACACUCCUGGAAAACCUAAUAAUCAAACUGUCACAGAUACUAAAUUUCGAAGAUCGAAAUUGACCAAAAUGGUAUCUCUCGAUUCUAUGAAGAGUGAUUCAAUAGACGAAGACUCGGCUUCAGAAGACAGCGUUGUAAUAGAAGAGAAGGAAGAAAGAGAAUUUGAACCGACCACGUGGCAAAUUCUCAAAUUAUGUAAACCAGAAAAAUAUCUCAUGUGUAUUGGAAUCUUUGCAGCCUUUGCCGUCGGAUCAUCUUUUCCGUGCUUCGCUAUACUGUUUGGUGAGACCUAUGGUCUCUUGGAAAGCAAGAAUGAAGAUUACGUUCGUCAAGGUACUAACUAUAUAGCAAUCUUCUUUCUGAUGGUAGGAAUUUACACUGGGAUUGGCAUCUUCUUUCAAAUAUUUAUUUUCAACUUGACCGGAGUCCGCCUCACUGCUCGGUUAAGAGUGGCAGCUUUCCGUGCGAUGCUCCGUCAGGAGAUUGGCUGGUUUGACGACGCGGUGAACGGCGUCGGCGCUCUGUGUGCCCGACUGGCGGCGGACGCGGCCGCCGUGCAGGGAGCAACAGGCACGAGAAUAGGUGCUUUAAUGCAAGCAUCAGCUACGAUCCUCAUAGGCAUUCUAGUGUCGAUGUAUUACACGUGGAAAAUGACCCUCGUGUCCCUGGUGUCUGUGCCCAUGGUCAUUAUAGCGGUGGUGCUUGAAGGACGGGUGCUGGCAGAAGGUAUCGCGGCCAUCAGAGAGGCCUCCAACAAAGCUACGACGAUCGCCACCGAGGCCAUCACUAACAUAAGGACGGUGUGUGCUUUCUGCGGCGAGGAGGGGACGUUGUCGCGGUACAAAGACGCUGGGGGUGCAGCUCGAGUCGCAGCUCGCUCCAGCUUGAGGUGGCGGGGAGCUGUGUUCGCUUUCGGACAAACCGCGCCUGUAGCGGGCUACGCGCUCGCUCUGUGGUACGGCGGAGUGUUGGUGGCUAAUGGAGAAGUUCCUUAUAAAGAUGUCAUUAAGGUGUCUGAAGCUUUGAUAUUUGGAGCGUGGAUGAUGGGUCAAGCGCUGGCUUUCGCACCCAAUUUCGGAGCUGCAGUACUGGCGGCGGGGCGAGUCAUGACAUUACUUGCAAGACAACCGCUCGUCGCUGAUACUCACGCGCCCUCCGUUCCUGAAGCUUACGUAGCUGAAGGUAAAAUCCAAUACAAAAACAUAAAAUUCCGAUAUCCGACUCGGCGUGAGGUCCAGGUUCUUCGCGGAUUGUCCCUCUCAGUGUCCAUGGGCCGCCGGGUAGCACUCGUGGGCCCCAGCGGUUGUGGGAAGUCCACGCUCAUACAGCUACUGCAGAGACUAUACGAUCCCGACGACGGAAAUGUGUACUUAGACGACCACAGCAUAGUAGGCGACAUGCGUCUCUCAACUCUCCGCCGUAACCUCAGUAUAGUGUCGCAAGAGCCAGUGCUGUUCGACCGGACGAUCGCCGAGAACAUCGCCUAUGGAGACAACACCAGAAACGUCUCAAUUGAAGACAUAGUCGCUGCCGCGAAAGCCGCUAACGUACAUUCGUUUAUUGCCGCUUUACCUAAUGGUUACGAGACACGGAUCGGCGCUCGUGCGUCACAACUGUCCGGUGGCCAGAAGCAGCGUAUUGCAAUAGCGAGAGCACUCGUUCGUGACCCGCGCGUGUUACUUCUGGAUGAGGCGACCUCCGCCCUCGACACACACAGCGAGAGGGUUGUCCAAGAAGCUUUGGACCGUGCAAGUGAAGGCAGAACAUGCCUCAUAAUAGCCCAUCGACUAGCCACGAUACAAAACGCUGACGUCAUUUGCGUCAUAGACCAAGGAGUCGUCGCUGAAAUGGGGACCCAUAGAGAACUCAUAGCAUUGAAGAAGAUCUACGCGCGACUGUACGAGUUGCAGUGCGGGUUCAUAGAGGAAAGUGAAGAAAACUUGCCCGAAGAACCCGAGUAAAACAUUUACUUGUCUAUGGUAUAAGUCACUGUGUACAGAUAAAAAAAUGUAUCCGUUGGGACGUGAAGUAUUAGCCGACAUAAUAAGAUUAAUCAAGAAAUCUAGUCAUCGAGAGAACAUGAGGGAAUUAUGUUACAUUUAAAUAUUAUAUGGACAUAUAUACGUACAUUUAUUUUUAAUUAUUGUCCAAGUAAUGUACAUUUUAUUAUAAAAAAUAUAAUCUGCUUCAUAGUAAUAUUUUUUUAUAUAGUUCAUACCUUUAAUACCAUGACUUAUAUUAGUCGAAAUCGUGAAAGUGCCAGGCUUUUUAUAAAUAUUCUUAUAACAUAGUUCCUUUAGCCAACCACAUUACAAGAGACAAUACCUCACAUUCACUUGUAAUGUAUAUAUUUAGGAACAUUGCAAUGCUUUUAACAAUAACAAAUUCAACUUCUAAUUUUCUAAGAAAUUAUUUUUUUUAUAAAGGUUUUAUUUUGUAUUUUAAAAAAAACUAAAACUCAAGAGAAAUCCAAUUAAUAAAAUGUCCACAUAGAAACUA